AUGCUUUCCAGCCCACUCGGGAGGCAUCCAGACGAGGCCGUGGAGGGCUCCUUGCUCGCUGGAGCUGCAUUCGUUAGGCCGGGAAGCUGUGGCGUGCGGCGCCACAGACCGAGGAACAGCCCAGUGUGCGUCGCCGCCGUCAACGGCCGGCAGCAGGUUGAUGGGCUAGGUAGGACAGCGUGCGGUGCUCCAUGGAAGCCCAAUGAUUCUCGUGGUGCGUGCGCGAGGCGUAACAAGCACAUGCACCGGCGAGCUGCGAAGCAUACGGCACUGGCGCCGCAAGCCAAGCAAGCAGCGAGCCGGACGUGGACCCGGGUGGGAAGUUUCAGUUCUAACAGCUGCUCGAUGCUGGCGAUCCCGUCCAGAAGAGCCCUUCGGGACGCCUACGGCCCUCCAUGCUCACCACCACGCAGCACCGGCGUGAACCCACGCGCCCGGCUGCCGUCGUCGGGACUUGCCAUCAUGCCAGUGUCGCCACCGUGGCCAACACAGCCGUCGGUCAUCCAGCAGCGCGGGGGGCACGGCUGGCAGGUGACGGAGUCGCAGGAACACAGUGAAGGGCAGGGCCUUCCGCCUCGUCUAUCCCUGCGUGCAUCCCCCCCUGUGGCUCGCACGCUGGCCACGGGCGCCGAGAGGCUCUUUUCUAGCCCUUUCAGCGUCUCCGAGGCGUGGACGGGUGCUGCAGAGACGUCGGUUCGAGGGGACGUGAUAGGGCUGCGUGCACGCCAUGCCAGGGGCUGCGCUUCGAGGAGCUAUGCCGGCCGCUGCUGGGUUCUUCUGGCUGUUCGGGAGCGAGCAGGGCAGAGAAGGGGGAACGGUCUCCGCCUGCUGCAGAAGGUCGGCGCCCAGACCUGCUUUUCUGCUCACCCCAGGGGCGCGGCGCGCCAGGCGUACCGUCUGCGCGACAGCCGUGACAAAAGCUGUCGGCAACAGCUCCGCCAGGGGAAAAUGCCAAUCAGCCGUGGUCGUGAGAGCCGCGGGGUGGUGGACGCUCGGGAGAGGUGA